UGGUCCUCGAAUCUAGUCGAGUCGAUCUGGUGGAUAAAGUGAUUUAUUCGUCGUGCAAGAAUUGGUCCGAUAAUGUGCAAUUAGACACCGAUGUAUGUUUAAUUUUGACUUGACAUGUGCAGUGCUUAAAGCUAAUUUAGAAGGGAAACAAUGUUGGUGUUACAACUGGAUAGAUGGAUACCAUACAUAUGGGUUAUUUUAAGUUUGCAAUUAGCUAAAACAAUUAGGGCACAAUUAAGCUUAAUAGAAGAACAAAGCGCCCCUUGCGCAGAUUUUAGAAUAGGUGAUGAUGAUCUCCAAGCUUACGAUUUUAUUAGGCAGUUUAGAUUGGACCUUCUAGAAACACAAUAUCCUGGUGUUUCAAGGGUAAAGGGUUCAAAUCGGAUGCAAACUGCCUACCGGCUUGACAAGGAUGCAGAUUUAACGCUACCUACAAGAGACAUAUUUCCACUGGGAUUGCCGGAACAGUUCUCGUUCAUCUGCACAUUCCGAACUAGGAGGGUACCCAAAAAUACCUGGCACAUUAUCAGAGUAACAGACUUAGAAUCAAAACCCCAAUUCUUAAUUUCACUGAAUCCCAUUAAUCGAACCAUCGAAUUCGCAGUUUCCAAUUACGAGGGACGACUUCAAAAACUGGAAUUUCACAAUACAAACGUUUUCGAUAAAAACUGGCAUAAGAUCCAUUUCGGCGUGACCAGAGAGAAGGUCAUGCUGUACGUGGAUUGCGAAGAAAAGUCUGAACUUCUACUGGAACCAAGGGGACCAAUUGAUCUGAACGGUGAAAUUGCAGUUUCGAAAUUCGCCAACACCAAAGAGACUGUGCCGAUCGACCUCCAAUGGAUGGUAAUGAGUUGCGACCCAACAAGACCAGAGAGGGAAUCAUGUCUGGAAUUACCGAAAAUUAAACCACUCGAAGAACCUAGACCACAAAUACGACCUCCAGUGACCACUCGUCGACCAGAAACGUGUGACGUUAUUUGCCCUCAGGGUCCACCUGGAUUUAAUGGUACAGACGGUUUACCAGGUUUACCCGGCCUCCCGGGGCCUGUUGGUCCGAUGGGUUUGAUUGGUCCGCCAGGUGCCCCUGGUUUGCGAGGUUUACAAGGUCCGAGAGGGAAUUUGGGAUUUCCUGGAGUUAAAGGCGAAGUAGGUUCACCCGGUUUGCAAGGAAUGCCGGGAAUAAAAGGAGCUCAAGGUUCGCCUGGAUUUCCAGGAACUCCUGGUCGAGACGGUUUGCCGGGCGCAAAAGGAUCAAAGGGUGAUAGUGGCGUCGCUGGACCAAAAGGUGAAAGGGGAACCGAUGGUCUACCUGGUAUUCCCGGUAUCGAAGGACCUCCCGGUCCUAGGGGGCCUCCUGGAGAAGUUAUAACAAAAACUGGUGUGGCAGUUCAAGGACCACAAGGUCCCCCAGGACCAAGAGGGCCAGCUGGGCCACCUGGUUUGGAUGGUGCAAUUGGUCCAAGAGGUUUUCCAGGAGAAGAGGGUGCUCCAGGUCGUAAUGGUAUAGACGGACGACCAGGUGCAAAAGGCAGCAAGGGAGACCGCGGUGAUGCAGGUGAAAAGGGAGAAAGAGGAUAUCCUGGAGAAGCUGGCCCACCAGGACUACCAGGAACACAAGUUGCGGGUGAUUCCAGUCCGGGCCUACCUGGUUUGCCCGGACAAAAAGGAGAACCUGGUAUGCCUGGACUUCCUGGUCUGCAAGGUAUUAAGGGUGAACCAGGAGAUAGAGGUGAAGAAGGUGGAAAGGGAGAAACGGGUGAUCGUGGUUCACCUGGCGUUCCCGGACAGGAUGGUGCAAGAGGUCCUCCGGGCAAAGAUGGUUUACCUGGUGCUGAAGGUGCAAUGGGACAAAGAGGUUAUCCAGGUCCACCUGGGAAUCAAGGACCAAUGGGUCUUAUAGGACUACCAGGUCCGUCCGGUCCUCAAGGUUUACCAGGAACUCCUGGUGAGAAAGGUGAAAGAGGCACUCCAGGAUUGCCGGGAUUACCGGGAUCGUCACUUGGUGCCGGAGAGAGAGGCCCUGCAGGUCCACAAGGACUGCCAGGGCCAGCUGGUAAUGAUGGUGAAAAGGGUGAAAGAGGUUUCCCAGGUCUUCCAGGUCCUCCUGGUAUUGUUGGGCCUCCAGGACCUCAAGGACCAGAAGGUGUACCAGGAAAAGAUGGACCUCAAGGCUUGCCAGGUCAAAGAGGUGAACCAGGUCCCAGAGGCUUUGAAGGACAACCUGGUCCUGCAGGAAGGGAUGGUGCAACUGGUCUUACAGGAAAGGCUGGCGAGAAAGGUGAUCGCGGGGAUCAAGGACUUCAAGGACCUGUAGGACCAAGAGGUCUACCUGGACAUAUGGGUCCCAGCGGACUGCCUGGAUCUCCAGGCGUUCCAGGAAUUCCUGGAAAUGAGGGAAAACAAGGUCUUCCAGGUCCUCCAGGACCACCUGGUCCGCCAGGGGAAGUAGCGUCCAACUUAAUCGUAGAUAGCGGAUACGCUGCAGGAGUACACGGACCUAGAGGUUUUCCAGGAAGUCCAGGAAUGCCUGGUGAAAGAGGAGCAAGUGGAGAGCGGGGCCCUGAAGGGCCUGCAGGGCAACCUGGCGUACCAGGCAAAGAAGGACCGCCAGGUUUACCGGGGCCUCCAGGACAAAGAGGACAGCCAGGAAUACCAGGCACACAAGGACCUCCCGGAAGAUCGUAUACGGACUCGGAAAUUAGGGACAUAUGUGCAGCUGUCUUAAGAGAUCAACUGUCUGAGUUGUCGGCAACGUUGGUGGGUCCACCUGGCCCUCCAGGCCGUUCAAAGCCUGGCAGGCCCGGACCUCCAGGUGUCCAAGGACCACCAGGCGACCCGGGAUACCCAGGUUUACCGGGUGAAAGAGGUUUUAUGGGACUACCGGGACCGGCAGGUCCUCCUGGUUCCAUCGGCAUAUCGGGCGAGAAAGGUGAAAAAGGAGAUAGAGGUCAAGAGGGUGUUGGAAUUGAAGGUCCACCGGGUCCUAGGGGAUUACCAGGGCCACCGGGUCCGCCAGGUGAAGGAAUUCCUGGAAGAGCUGGCGACAGAGGCGAAACUGGAAGUCCCGGAGCACCGGGCUUGAGAGGCUCACCAGGACCACAAGGACCUCCUGGUUAUUGUGAAUUCUGCAAUUACGCGGCAGCCGCGCAGAGCUAUCAGACGCAAUAUAUGAGAACUCAAGGAAAUAAUAAGGGACCAUAAACUGUCACAUUAAUACAAACUAAAUAAAUUGGAAUAAUUUUGAUAUUUUUGUAAGAUAACAGUUCCUAAUAUAUCUUUUACACGUGAUGUACUAAAUAAAAAUUUGUAAUUAGAGGAAUGUGACACAUGUAUAUACAUUUUAAUAAAUUCUAAGAUAUAGAAGAA